GGUGGGGUUCUGGUAGAGGCCUGGUGGGGUUCUGGUAGAGUCCUGGUGGGGUCCUGGUGUAGGCCUGGUAGAGGCCUGGUGGGGUCCUGGUAGGCUACGGUAUGUGACUGUUGUCUGUCUUCCUCCAGUUGUAUGCUACAGGGUACGGUGCGGGGGGGCGGCUGGGUAUUGGAGGAACAGAGUCCGUGUCCACCCCCACUCUGCUGGAGUCCAUCCAGCAUGUGUUCAUCAGGAAGGUGGCGGUGAACAGCGGAGGGAAACACUGUCUAGCCCUGUCCUCUGAGGGAGAGGUCUACUCCUGGGGAGAGGCUGAGGACGGAAAACUGGGACACGGCAACAGGAGCCCGUGUGACCGUCCGCGCGUGAUAGAGUCCCUACGGGGGGUGGAGGUGGUGGAUGUGGCUGCUGGAGGGGCCCACAGUGCCUGCAUCACGGCCAGCGGAGAGCUCUACACCUGGGGCAAGGGACGCUACGGACGCCUGGGGCAAGGAGACUCUGAGGACCAACUCAAACCCAAACUGGUGGAUGCUCUGCAGGGCCACAGGGUGAUAGAUGUGGCGUGUGGUAGUGGUGACGCCCAGACUCUUUGUCUGACUGACGAUGACAUGGUCUGGUCCUGGGGCGAUGGAGACUAUGGCAAGCUUGGGCGGGGCGGCAGCGACGGCUGCAAGGUCCCCAUGAAGAUUGAUUCUCUGACUGGACUGGGAGUGGUGAAGGUUGACUGUGGCUCCCAGUUUUCUGUCUCUCUCACAAAGUCUGGAGCAGUUUACACCUGGGGUAAAGGUGACUACCACCGGCUAGGUCACGGUUCUGAUGACCAUGUACGGCGACCCAGACAGGUCCAGGGCCUGCAGGGGAAGAAGGUCAUUGCCAUAGCAACGGGGUCACUCCACUGUGUCUGCUGCACUGAGGAUGGAGAAGUGUACACAUGGGGUGAUAAUGACGAGGGCCAGCUGGGAGACGGGACCACUAACGCCAUCCAGAGGCCUCGUCUUGUCGCUGCGUUGCAGGGGAAGAAGAUCAACAGGGUGGCCUGUGGCUCUGCCCACACACUGGCCUGGUCCACCUCCAAACCUUCCAAUGGAGGGAAACUUCCUGGUCAGGUGCCCAUGGAAUACAACCACCUCCAGGAGAUUCCCAUCAUGUCUCUGAGGAACAGGCUGCUCCUGCUGCACCACAUAUCGGAGCUCUUCUGUCCCUGUAUCCCCAUGUUUGAUCUGGAGGGCCGGCUGGGGCAGACCGCACACGGACCUGCCCUAGGGUUUAACACACUACGGGGCAUACUCAUCUCACAGGGCAAGGAAGCAGCGUUCCGGAAGGUAGUCCAGGCCACCAUGGUGAGAGACAGACAGCAUGGACCUGUAGUGGAACUCAACAGGAUACAGGUCAAGCGGUCUCGUAGUAAAGGAGGUUUGGCAGGUCCAGACGGGACCAAGUCAGUGUUUGGUCAGAUGUGUGCCAAGAUGAGCUCCUUCAGCCCAGACAGCCUGCUGCUGCCUCACCGCGUCUGGAAGGUCAAGUUUGUGGGUGAGUCUGUGGAUGACUGUGGCGGGGGCUACAGUGAGUCCAUAGCAGAGAUGUGUGAGGAGCUCCAGAACGGUCUGACCCCUCUCCUCAUCGUGACCCCUAAUGGACGAGACGAGUCAGGAGCGAACAGAGACUGUUUCCUGCUCAACCCUGCAGCCAAGUCAGCUCUGCAUAUGAACAUGUUCAGAUUCCUAGGAGUGCUCCUGGGAAUAGCCAUCCGUACCGGAUCCCCUCUCAGUCUCAACCUGGCUGAACCUGUCUGGAAACAGCUGGCUGGGAUGAACCUCACCAUCGCUGACCUUAGUGAGGUGGAUAAAGACUUUAUACCUGGCCUGAUGUACAUCAGAGACAACGAGGCCACGGCUGAGGAGUUUGAGGGCAUGACUCUCCCCUUCACAGUCCCUAACGCCAGCGGACAGGAUAUCCAGCUCAGCUCUAAAUACUCCCACAUCACCCUGGAGAACAGGGCCGAGUAUGUCCGCCUCGCCAUCAACUACAGGCUCCAUGAGUUUGAUGAGCAGGUGUCAGCUGUGAGGGAAGGGAUGGCUCGGGUCGUACCUGUCCCUCUGCUCUCCCUCUUCACAGGAUAUGAGCUAGAGACAAUGGUAAGUACAAACAGAACUAGUUUACAGUGAAGCGGGGUAGAUACUGUUGAAUGAUCCCACAGUUUUAUUGUGCAACAUUCUGAUCCGCUUGUAUUCCACAGGCAUUAAUAGCAUCUAGAAUACUAUUUGGCUUCAUUGAAGGCUAUAUGGAACUCUGUCAUGUUGUCUCGCUCUCUGUCUCUCUAUCUCUUUCAGUGUCUGUCUCUCUGU